GGAGGAGGACGCACGGAGGGAGGGGAGCUCUGAGGAUAAAUGCGCUCUUUCAUUUUACACUGAGAGAAAUCCGUUACCAAAGAGCACGUAUUUACAUCGAGAGAGACUCGGUAGAGGCGGCCGUUUUGUUGAUAAUUAAAGAAAAUUAUCGGCGACGAUCAUGGGCAGUGAUUUUUUGGGAAAACUGCGCUGACCUCAAACUUUGGCGCUGAUGAGCGGACUUUUGAGUCGUGAUCUUCAAAGACGCGCUCCAGAGUCCCGAGGGAUCACGCGCGGCGCUGACGGACUGUUUGGGAAGGUGUUGGACAUUAGUAAUGGUUUAAUCACUGAGGCCUCUUGUUGGAUGGUGCACAGGUGCAGGAUUUGACGGCCAAAACAUGGGUCACUGAGGUGCCACUUGGGUUUUUCUCGGCUUCUUACACCUCAAUUCAUGUCCUGUGCUGAAGGUGCGCAAAAAAGCUGAACAUUAGAGAAGAAUGCCCGCCACGAAAAGGUAUUUUUAUCUCUAUUUAACUACCCGGGACUUUUGUAAACGAACCGUCUUGGUGAGAACCCCCACACACGCACAGCAGGCAUGCCACUGCAGCACCGUUUGACCGGAUUUUACGCAUCUCCAGGGGGAAGAAAGAGCUGAAAGAGCGCAUGUGUGCUUGUGUGUUGUGUGUUUUGGAUGCCAGUGUACUGCAUUUCCACAAGUUCAGGGGAGACCACUUUGUAAACAGACCAAAAAAGUUAAAAAAAAAAGAAAGAAAAAAAAGAGAGAGACUCUGCUUUCAUUGGAUUUUGUAAAUGGAGCUGCGUAAAUACCUGUUGUGCCUGGAGUUCAUCCUCCUUCUGAAAGAGUUGUGUCAGUGUUUCAACAUUGAUGUAACGCAUCCUCGUAUCUUUACUGGACCAGAAGACGCUCUGUUUGGCUUCUCUGUUUUACAGCAUGAAUCACAAGGGGAGAAAUUAAUGCUGGUUGGCGCUCCUUGGGACGGGCCACCCAACAACAGGAAAGGGGAUGUGUACAAAUGCAUUGUGGGAGAAGAGAAGAACUCAAACUGCAGCAAAGUAAAUCUAGGUGAGACUGCUCUCCAGAAUGUUUCUAAAAACCUGAGGAACUCUCACUUGGGAAUGACCCUCACUCCAGACUCACCUGAUGGAUUCCUGGCAUGUGCCCCUCUGUGGUCUCAGGAGUGCGGUACGUCUAUGUUCAGCACUGGCAUCUGCGCAUCAGUCAGCGAUGACCUAGAACCACGAGAGACCAUCGCUCCAACAGCGCAAAGGUGCUCCACAUACAUGGACAUUGUGAUCGUGCUGGAUGGUUCCAACAGUAUCUACCCCUGGUAUGAGGUCCAAAACUUCCUCAGCAAUAUCCUCAGCAAGUUCCACAUCAGCUCAGACCAGAUGCAGGUGGGUAUACUACAGUAUGGAGAGAUAGCAGUCCAUGAGUGGUCACUGAAAGACUACCAGACCACACAGGAAGUGGUGGAAGCUGCCAAAAACAUCAGCCGGCAGGAGGGACGAGAGACGCGCACUGCAUAUGCCAUCCACAUGGCCUGCACAGAGGCAUUCAGCACUGAGCGAGGAGCCAGAGAGGGUGCCACCAAGGUGAUGAUCGUUGUGACAGAUGGAGAAUCACAUGAUGGGGAGGAGCUAGCAGACGCACUGGAUGAAUGCGACAACAGAAAUAUCACCAGAUACGCCAUCGCUGUUCUAGGACAUUACAUUCGCCGGCAGCAGGACCCUGAGACGUUUAUUAGUGAGAUCAAGUAUAUCGCCAGUGACCCUGAUGACAAAUACUUUUUCAAUGUGACCGAUGAAGCUGCGCUCAAUGACAUCGUGGAUGCCCUGGGAGACCGCAUCUUCACUCUGGAAGGUACACUGGGCUACAACGAGAGCUCUUUCCACAUGGAGAUGUCUCAGAUCGGCUUCUCCACACACACACUGGAUGAUGGUAUUCUGUUUGGGAUGGUCGGCGCCUACGACUGGGAUGGCGGCGUGCUGAAAGAGGGUGCCAAUGGACGUAUCAUGCCGCCGAGGGAGGCGUUCGAGAGCGAGUUUCCUCUAGAGCUCAAAAAUCAUGCUGCUUAUCUAGGUUACACAGUGUCUUCUGUGAUAGUUGGAGACUGGAGGAGGCUUUAUGUAGCAGGAGCUCCUCGAUUCAAGCACAAAGGCAAAGUCAUCCUGUUUGAACUGAGUAAUGAGGGUGAUGUCAACAUAGUCCAGGCCCUCAACGGAGAGCAGAUUGGAUCGUAUUAUGGCAGUGAGGUGUGUGGUCUGGAUAUUGACCAGGAUGGAAUCACUGAUGUCCUCCUGGUUGCUGCUCCCAUGUUCCUUGGAUACGGAAAUAAAGAGGCUGGUAGAGUCUAUAUCUACAGCCUGAGUGGGGAGGAGGUGUUUGUGUCGAAUGGCACUCUGAAGGCAGAGGAAAAAUCCCAGGACGCCAGGUUUGGUUAUGCUUUAGCAUCUGCUCCAGACCUGAACCAGGAUGGCUUCACUGACCUGUUGGUGGGUGCGCCGCUGGAGGAUGACCACAGGGGGGCUAUCUAUGUCUACCAUGGAGAUGGUAUUCACAUCAUCCACAACUACAAACAGCGAAUUCCAGGGUCAUCAAUUUCACCUUCCCUGCAGUAUUUUGGCCGCAGUGUGAGUGCUCGGUUGGACUUGGAUGGAGAUCAGCUCAUAGACUUGGCAGUGGGGGCACAGGGCAGCGCUGUAGUGCUCAGCUCUCGAAGCAUCGUCCAGAUCAACGUGAGUCUUUCCUUCCAGCCCCAUUCCAUUAACGUCAUCCAGAAGACCUGCCAGAGGGGAGGCAGGGAAUCGGCCUGUCUCAAUGCCACCGCCUGCUUCACAGCCAUCUCUCGCUCCCCUGGACUACACAGCAACAACUUUGAGUUGUGGAUUUCAGCCAUGUUGGAUGACAGGAAGUCGUCGGCUCGGGCCCUGUUUGAUGACAGCUCUCACAGACAGACGCAGCUGGCGGUCCGGGUUCAGACACAAAAGACCCUCUGCUACAACCUGCCCUUCCAUGUCUAUGACACAGCGGACUACAUCCGUCCAAUUAGCUUUUCACUGAGGUUUAAGAUUAACGACACAGAGAGUGGUCCAGUCUUGGAUGAAGGCUGGCCAACUACGCUCAAGAAAUAUAUCCCAUUCUUUAAAGACUGUGGGGAGGAUGACGUAUGUACAACGGACCUGGUGCUUAAUGCUCAUAUGGACAUCUCUGGGACAAGACAGAAGCCUUAUGUGAUCCGUAGCCCCCGUAGGCGUCUGGCGGUGGAGGUGCAGCUUCACAACAGACUGGAAAACGCCUACAACACCAGCCUGACGCUGCACUACUCACGCAACCUGCACUUCUCCAGCCUCAGCAUCAGGGAGGACGCCCACUUUAAGAUUGAGUGUACAGCACUUAGUGCCAACAGCCACUCUUGUAAUGUGAGCUAUCCAGUAUUUCGCUCCCAGUCAAAGGUCAACUUUAUGCUGGAGUUUGAGUUCAGCUGCACAUCUCUGCACAGUCGAGUCCAGAUGAAGCUCAAUGCUGCCAGUGACAGUGUGGAGAGAGAGGAAACUUUGGGGGACAACAGUGUUCAGCUGCAGAGUUUUGUGCAAUAUGAACCAGACCUGUUUGUCAGUAGUGACUCUAAUUUGAACCGUUAUGAGGUCCAUCCUACUCGAUCUGUGUCAGAGGGAAUCGGACCAGAGUUCUACACACACCUCAGGCUGCAGAAUCUGGGCUGUUAUUCUGUGAGUAACGUGGAGCUGAGGCUGCUCCUGCCCUCAGUGGCUGCAGGAGACACAGUCUUCAUGACCGUCACUGAUGUCUCCUCAUACAAUGCCACAGGGGUGAACUGCAGCGUGCUCAGUGACCUGACCCAGCUGAAGGGCAGACAGAAGGACGUACGACCGCUCCAUCCCGAAGACAUGAUGCAGAAUGACGUUCUGAACUGCAGCAGAUCAUGGUGUACAGAAGUUGUGUGUGAAGUCCAGCAGCUUCUGAAAGGGCAGGCAGCUGUCAUACGGGUCAGCCGCAGAGUCCAUGAUGACUUUUUCCGAAAUGCAAAAUACAAGUCAGCAAAAAUAAUAGGUGCCUACCAGGUCACAGCUCAGGAAACGAACCUCAUCACUUUGGGCACAGGAACAGUCUGGAGGGAGACAGUCCUGGAGGUUCUGAAAGGCAGAGCUAUUCCCAUUUCACUCUGGAUUCUGAUUGGUAGCAUCAUUGGAGGUUUAUUGCUACUGGCUCUUAUCAUUUUUAUAUUAUGGAAGCUGGGGUUCUUCGCACGGAAACACAGAGGAGAGGAUGAGAACCAUGAGGAGUGAACCUGACUUGAACAGACAGCAGUCACCAGACAUGCUGACCACCAGAUGAGUCAAGUCCACGUCCAGGCACACCGAAAGUCCUGGGAUGGGACUUGAGGCCAGGUCCUCCAGGACCAAAGACAGCAUCACGAGGGUCCAACAGAA